UCAUCCCCUCGCUCGCGCUCGCUCUACGCUACCACUGUGCUGGCUUCCUCUUUCUCCCCCAACCUCUGGCUUCCCCGCUCUCUCUUGCCGCUGCCUCUGCCUCUGCCCGCAUCUCCUUUCCCUUCUCUCUCUAGAAAAGGUGUUUUUAACUAGGGUUCUGACCCCUUUCUAGAAGCUCCUGGGGUUCUGUGGCAGAGCUGACCAGCGAGGAGGUCGGGGGGCGCCCGCUCCGGCGGAUCUGAGGACCGGCCGCCGUUGGUCUGCCUCCGGUUCCUUGAAAACUUGGUUGGUUGGGAAACACUGUGAAUACUAGUUUGUUGAAGCUGGCUUGAAGUUUGCUGAUAGGAAUGAUGGGCGCUCUCUGCGAUUUCUGUGGGGAGCAGAGGUCCAUGGUUUACUGCCGAUCAGAUGCAGCAUCCUUGUGUUUAUCAUGCGACCGUAAUGUGCAUUCAGCUAAUGCUCUUUCUCGGCGCCAUACAAGGUCCCUUUUAUGUGAUCGGUGUGCUUCACAGCCUGCUACAGUCCGCUGUCUAGUGGAGAAUGCCUCGCUUUGCCAAAAUUGUGAUUGGAAUGGCCACGCUACAGGAUCCUCAGCUGCUGGACACAAAAGGCAGACUAUAAAUUGCUACUCAGGGUGUCCAUCAUCUGCAGAACUUUCUAGAAUCUGGUCCUUCGUUUCAGAUAUUCCUAAUGUGGCACCUGAGCCCAACUGUGAGCAAGGGAUAAGCAUGAUGAGCAUCAGCGACAGUGGUGUCAGUAAUCAAGACAAUGCUGCAGGGGACAAUAAUUUGUUUGAUAUAGUUAGUGCAACACUUAUGAGUGAUCUUGAUACUUGUGACAAGCCUUUUGUAGGCUCCUCUUUAGGAGCUGGAGUGAACCUGCUUCCACUUGCUCCUGAUCAGACAGCUGGAACCGAGGAUUCAACAACAAUUAAGGAUUGUCUUGUACAGGUUCUCUAUACGCCAGAUAAAGAUAUGUUUAGCAAGGACAGCAUAUAUGAAGAUUUUUGUGUGGACGAUGUUGACCUUGCUUUCGAAAAUUAUGAAGAAUUAUUUGGUACCUCACAUAUUCAAAUGGAGCAACUCUUUGAUGACGCUGGAAUCGACAGUUACUUUGAAGUGAAGGAAGUGCCUGCUGGGGAUUCCACUGAGCAGCCCAAGCUGAUGCAGCCUGCCAAUAGUAAUGCAGUAUCUGCUGACUCUGGGAUGUCGAACCCAGGAGUGAAAGGUGAUUCUAGUGUUUGCAUCCCUCCAAGGCAGGCUAGGUCCAGCCUGUCUCUUUCAUUUUCUGGUUUUACUGGUGAGAGCAGUGCUGGAGAUCACCAAGAUUGUGUAGUAUCAUCACUGCUCCUUAUGGGUGAGCCUCCUUGGCAGCCUCCUGGCCCUGAGGGCUCAAUUGCUGGAGGUAGCAGAGACAGUGCUCUUACACGAUAUAAGGAGAAGAAGAAGAGAAGAAAGUUUGACAAGAAGAUCAGGUAUGCUUCUCGCAAGGCUAGGGCUGAUGUGAGAAAGAGGGUGAAGGGACGGUUUGUUAAGGCUGGUGAAGCAUAUGACUAUGAUCCUCUCAGCCAAACAAGGAGUUACUGAAGCAUGUGACCUUUCUCUGGUGUUAGGUUAGCAAAAACUUAAACCAAGGCUCAAUGCAGCUGGCACAAAAGCACGGACUCUCCAAGCAAUUGGGCAAGAUAAGUUGCCUUGAACAGAAAGAAAAAAAAAGGUGAAAGCAAUGAGCGAGAAAAAAAGAAAAAUAUUUGGAUGUUUCAGAAGGUUUUUGGAUGCAGUUCCUCCUUUUUCCUCCUGUACAGUGGAUGGAAUUUGCAUCUCCCGUUGCCUUAUGGGGGAGCGAUUUGAGUCACUCUUCACCUUUUGCGCCUGAAUAUGACUAAACAUACUCUUGUUGCAUUUUGAUCUCCAUUUGCUGACUGUGGUGUUGGUCCACGGAACCUUUCUGCGGUGUUCUUCCAGAUUAGAAAGAUGGCUGUAGAUCUGACCUGUGGAAUUUCCUGCUGUAUUUUGUUAAUUAUUGUGUAAACUUCGCUGGUAUCUGGAGCGUUUCUGCUAUUGUGAACGUGUAAAUACCAGGUGGGAGACAUACUGGUGGUCAGUUUGAUAUUUUUUAGGCUGGUGAUGGAAUCCAGAACUAUGUUGCGGUGGUUUUGCGGGCACACAAGGAGGGAUAGAGGCCGGAAUGAAGUUAUUCGGGAUAGGAUCGGGGUGGCAUCAAUUGAGGAAAAAUUUAUCCAGCAUCGGCUGAGAUGGUUUGGACAUGUCCAACGAAGCCCUCCUGAGGCGUCGGUGUGUAAUGGGGUUCUUGAGCGGGUUGAUAAUGUAAAAAGGGGUAGAGGUAGGCCUAAACUGACGUGGGAUGAGUCGGUUAAGAGACCUUAAGAAUUGGAAUAUCUCUAAAGAGAUAGUUUUGGAUAGGAGCGCUUGGAGACUAGCUAUCAAUAUGCCUGAACUUUGAACUUAUUUCUUUCGGGUUUCAUUUCUAGCCUACUCCAACUUACUUGG